CUCCCAUCUGCGCCCACAGCGGAGAUAACUUUGGCUAUCCAGGCUAAGAUUCGAAGGAUGCUCUCUAUCUAUGACUCCCCGGGCACACUUUUCAUCAUUGUGUAUGAAGGCCAUUCAAAUGCGUACUACGACAUACCCAAUGCCUGUGUCAGUAUUAUGGGCUCAAUGAGGGAACCUACGGUUUCUCUACCUUGGGGUUUCGUGGAGACCGCGCUGACCUUUACUGAUGGAGAUGUCGUCUGUAUAAUGGACUCGGCGUUUCCAUCUAGGGCGGCAAUGAACUGUGAAGAUAUUGAAUACCUCACGGUCUCGCCAUUCAGACGACUCAUUGACUUACUGAAUCAAGUAGAUACCGAAACCACCAUAUCACAAAUACACGCAAAGCUUGCCGUGCAUGAAAACCGUCCAGGCAGUCAACUGGGACUUAUGUCUGUACAUUUCCCCGCCAAGAACAAGCCAUCCAUCACCCUUCACCCUAUGGGAGCGCUCCCAAGGCAGCUCAGAGGUCUCCGAAAAGCAGGUGAUUUGUCAGAUGUCAAGGUUUUGAUUACUCAAUGCAUCCAGUACUUGUCAGCAUCGAUUGCCGGGGCUGUGGCAGAUAUCCAGAUUGAAGGUAUCUUCAGGUUCAAUCCGGACUCGUCCUUGUUGCUGCUUACAAUGCCAACUGCGGUUUGGAGCAUGCUUCGUCAUAAUCACUCCUUUGACUUCGCGGCGGUGUCAUCCAGUCACAUAAUCUACUUUGUCACCGGUCGACUACUAUGGCUCUUGCCAGCGGGAAUGCUGACUUGUCCUGCAGGGGCGAAGACUGAUAUUUAUUGCUUAUUUUAUUUAUAA